CAAGGUGGAGUUUUAAAUGUUUUAUUGUUUUAUAGCCCAAUUGUUUCAUUCUCAUAAUUUGAUCUACAAAAGUGCCUUAGAUUUCUUGAAAAUAUUAAAAACAGGUGUAUAUAUAUAUAUCUUGGUAGCAACCAUGUCUAUUUAAAAUGCAGACAUAUUUAGAUUAUCUAUGCGCAAGCAAAAUAACGUUUACAAUUAUGAAUUUAAAUGCCGAUGUAGGCCACAAGGAUAUGCAGUGAUCCAGUCAAAAUAUGACUGAAUAGACGUCAACUAACUACUUCCUAUGUGGAAAUGUAGAAUUCUGGGAAUAAUGAAGAGGGUUCUAAUAUUCAUCAUUCUCUUUGUAGACAUGACAAAGUAUGUUCGAACAAAGAACUGCACAAUUUCAACACCAACAGUUCAAUAUGUGAGUGUUUGCCCAACAGAUGAAGAGACUUGGAAAAAAGCUGCAAAAGCAAAGAACUGUGAAAGUCUCGCAAACUUUGCUGUCUCAGAAGGAUGUGUUAACAACCCCUCCGAUUUUGUCUAUCAUUGUGUUAUCAACCAUUGGAGAAAUGCAACACUAGAAGUCUGCGCACCAACGCGAUACAUGCAAUCUUUUUGUGUUGAUUUCGACACUGAACUCGCCAGAAUUACAGAAAAUUAUAAGGCAAAUUGUAGUAUCUUUAAGCCACCCUGUCCACCAAGGUAUAUUUCAACUGAUGCUUUUAAAUAUCAAGGUUGUUACGACAUUGUUAAAUUCAGAACAACCACACAAGUCACCGCAAGUACUUCAGCAGCAACGGUCAUUAAUCCAAGGACGACGAAAACUGAACCUUUCCAAGAGCAAGUAGUAAUUAUCGGUGUUGUCCUUGUGGUUUGUGUUGUUAUCAUUCUUGUCAUCGUCAUUGUGCUAGGUUGCUGGAUAAAAAAACCAAAGAAAGGGAAGAGAAAAUUUGGUGAAGACUCAGAGGAAGAAAGUGAGAAGAAUACAUUCAUAGAAGAUGAUAUAAAUGAUUAUAAAAAUCAAGAUGUUCAAAUCAAGAAUGCCCAUCAAGACGGAGCAGAGGAUAUACCUUUGAUUAAAAGAAUUGAAGAUAUAGAGCUUCUUGACAACACAAGGCUAGAAGAAAUCAAAGCACAAGCAAGAGAACACUUAAAGAGUUACAGAGAAUUCGAUGAGUACUACGUUGAAACAUCCUUAUAUAAGAAGAUACGGAACUGUUUUCGAGAAAAUGGAGUUGUGAUAAUAGAGGGAUCAACUGGUUGUGGCAAAACAGCUGCUGCUACGCAUUUGUUAUUGAAGUAUUAUGAGUUACCCGGCAUUGAUGUACUGAAAGUAACACAGUUUAGCGAUCUAUACCAAUGUAAGAGUAAUGAAGUAUCAUCUGUCAUUUUUCUAGUUGAUGAUUUAGAUAUCGAUAACCCAGACAUGCCAAACUGGGCAAAAGCGUUUGAGAUGCUCUACAUAAAGAUGAAAGAAUCAGAGAAUGUGCUUCACAGAGGAACUCAAAGAAUUCGAUUAAUUGUUACAGCAUUUCAUAUUCCAUCAAUAUUACGUAAUCUUCCUAUAUUCUCAGGGGAUUUUUUAAUCCUUGAAUCCGAAUUAAGUAAGAGGGAAAAACUUCAAAUUUUACGGAAACAAAUGAAAUACGCUAGUGGAUAUCUGGAUAUCAAGUAUGAAUCAAUUAAUAAAAAUGUUCAAAAGAGCGUUGAAUCUGCAAGUACAGUUGUUGGAUUUCCUCUGGCUGCCCAGUUUUACGCUAGAGAAGAAAAAUAUCGCAAGAAAGGAAAGGAAUUUUUUGAAAGUCCAAAGGUAUUUUUCAAAGAUUCAUUGAAAGAUUAUGUAGAAAACGAUAAAAGCAAAGGCAUACUCACAGCACUCAUCAUCGUUUAUUUGCGUGAAAUAUAUGAAGGGAACGGAUAUAUACCAGACGAUAUAGCUGUGGCAAAGCUAGUCUUGCCAGAAACAUGCAAAAAUGCCAUAGAUUCUCAUAUAGUCAAUAAACUGAAAUUGAAAUAUGAGAAUGUAUCUAAUUCUGCAACAAAGCUUCUUGGACUUUUCUUUUUGAAAACAGAGGAGGGCACCUAUAGGUUUUGUCACUCGCUUGUUUUGGAUUCAGUAAGUUCCUAUCUUUUUGACGAGUACUUUGAAACUGUUGUAGAACAUUUUCCUUUGGCUGCCAUUGCAUAUGAAACACACGAAUUUUCGGAUUACACAGAAACACAAUUCUCUUUUAUCAGUGACAGAUUGAUAAGGGAAUUGGAAGCUGGAAAUUUGGAAGACGUGUGUAAGUGUACCAUUCUGAAAAAUGAAUUUAUUUUAAAAAUCAUGAAUAGAAGAUUACAAGAAAAUGAAACAACUUUGAAAAAAAUAUUAACAGUAUUUGACUGUCAGCAUGAACAUUUGCGACUGACAUUUUGGGCAGGUCGAUAUGGACUGUUGAAAUUUUCAGCCAUGCUGUUAAAUUUUGUAGAUACACACAUCUUAAAUGAGCCGUUGUUGAAUCGAUAUUUUUCGUUACUAGGAGAAUUUUCUUUAAAGUCUCCAAGAGACCUGAAUAAUACAAUCCACAACAUCAAAACUUCAUCAGAAAUUAGAAAGAUAUUGUUUGCUGAAAGGCAGAGUUUUAUUCAUGAAAUAAUUUCAUCCAACAGACAAGAUGGCGAUGUCAAGGCAAUCCUCGAACAUCUUGUAAAGGACGGAAUAUCCAUGGAUACUCUUGACAGAAGCAAAAGAACGCCAUUGAUGAUUGCUGUAUAUUGUGACAAAGAAAGGGGCUCAACAAUUGAUCUGUUGUUGAAAAAAUCAGAUUUGUCAAAGGUAGACAGGAAAGGUUAUUCUGUGUUUCAUCAUUGUGUUGCAGCAGAGAAAAAUGAUCAAAAAUGUUCUCUUAUUCUUUCGAAACUUCUUGGUACUCACAACAUUCCUACAGAUGUUUUGAAUCUUGAAAGCAAUUCUGGCCUAACAGUUCUGCACAGAGCAGCCAUUGUAACAAAUCACAGCAGAAUAAUUUGCAUGCAGAUUUUGCUUGGUUUUGAUAAAGAACUCUGUAAAAGUGAGAUGUUAGAUACAACAGACAGAUCUCCAAUUUACAAUAUGAUUAAAUAUCUCAAUAAAAGGAGCGUAUUUGUUGAACUGGAGAGAUUGAUUCGAGCAUGUAUACUCUUACUACAUGAUUGUUCCCCUUAUGACAAGGCAGACGGCGAUGAAAAAAGUGCUUGGGAUGUUAUUAAAGAAAACAAAUCUGGGAUUCAUCAAAAAUUAUUUCAAUUAAUUAAAGUUAGUCCAGAUCAAGAAGAAAUUAUUGAAAUCAUUAGCUCUGUCCUCGACGACUUACCACAGAAUGCUGAAAGAAGUGAUGUCCCUUUCGAAACACUUGUACCUAAAGGACCGGAAAUCUUUUCUGCAGGUUUAAGAAUGCUCUUUAAUAAGGCAGCUCAGUGCUUGUGUACUAAAACGUUCAGUGACGUUCAAACAAUGUAACCUAAGUGUUUUAAACAUUUUAAUGUGUUUUCGAAAUCACAAUUGAUAGCAUUACAAAAUAAAGAAAUUCAAAUAUAUUUUUGUAUUUAUGCUUGCUUUUAAUUUGGAAACUGCUCUUAAAAAUAAGGGUGGGGUUUAGCUUGAUUCGGUCUUAUCAAAAGGAUAUAUCCAUGUGUGUCCCGCUGUGUGACAUGAAACCGCGACUUAGGUACUCAUGAAUCCUGGACUCGAGAAUAAUGCUCCAGCAAGUAAGCUAAGUAAGAGAGAGACUGAUUAUAAUAUUAUUAAAUGUAGCAUAAUUCGAUAUCUUUGACACUGGGCGGAUGUUGCCCCAUGCAUCUUUGACUAGAUUUGAAAUUUGCAUUCUGUUUACUGUACAUUUUUGUGCCAUACUUAACCUCAAUGCAUAAUAUCAUGAACUUUUAUUAUGAUUUUGCUACAUGUGUUUCUUUAUCUAACAUUUUAUGUUUUAUUCUGUUUGGUUUGAUCAAUUAUUAUAUGCCUUUGGUAUUUAUUAAUAA